AUGGUGUUUUUGGAUGUUGAAUUGACAAAAAAAGUGAUUGUCUCUCCUGACAAGUUCAAGGGCUUAAAUAUUUCUUUUCGUAAAUAUUUAACCAUCCAACUCUUCGCCAAACUUGGUCGUCAUAAAUCAUCUAGGAAACGCGGCUACUUUCUUUCACCUAUGUAUAUAAACUAUGCUGAUGACGGUCAAAAAAAUAAGCGUACUAAUGAAUACACCUUCGAAGUAUCUUUCAACUGCACCACUAUGAAGCCAUGCAAGGGUGAGAUCUUGAUUGGCAUCGUAUAUAAGAUUACAACAGAUGGCAUUUAUCUGAAAUCUGGGCCAAUGCAAAACAUUUUUCUCUCAGAAAAUAAGAUGAAAGACUACAAAUUCUAUAUAGUUGAACAACUAGUGUUUGCAAAUCCAAAUCGAGGGGGAAGCAUAAAGAUAGGUACAAAGGUGAGGUUCAAAGUUUUUAAGGUUGAGUGGAUCAAAAGCGAUGGAGAGUUUCAUAUCCAAGCAACUAUUGAAGCUAAUUAUCUUGGACCUAUGAGUUCAUAA